AUGUACUUCUUCUUGACCAACCUCUCCAGUGUUGACAUUAGUGCUCCAUCUGUCAUUGUUUCCAAGGCUUUGGUGAACCAUGUGUUGGGAAGCAAGUCCAUCUCUUACACUGAGUGUAUGAUCCAGAUCUAUUUCUUCAUCACAUUCAUCAACAUGGAUGGCUUCCUCCUGAGUGUGAUGGCCUAUGACCGCUAUGUGGCCAUCUGUCACCCUCUCCACUACACCAGGAUGAUGAAGCCCAGACUCUGUGUCCUUCUGGUGGCCAUAUCAUGGGUCAUCACAAACCUGCAUGCUCUCUUGCACACUCUCCUCAUGGUUCGACUCACCUUCUGUUCCCACAAUGCAGUGCACCACUUCUUCUGUGACCCCUACCCUAUCCUGAAGCUCUCUUGUUCUGACACCUUCAAUGACAUCACAGCCUUCACUGUGGGUGGGCUGACCUCUAUCACACCAUUCACAUGCAUCACUGUUUCCUAUGGGUAUAUUCUCUCCAAUGUGUUGAAGUUCCCAUCUAUUCAGGGAAUAAGGAAAGCCCUGUCCACAUGUGGGUCUCACCUCACUGUGGUCUCUCUCUUCUAUGGGUGA